CUAGGGAUCCCCUCCCGUGGCUGUGUGCGCUGUGCGGCGGCGCGGCCGGCCUCCGAAAUCGCUCGCGCGCGCGGCGCCUUCCCCCCACGCCCUGCAGCCUGUCGCAAGAAGAUCGAGUUUGGACAAGGAGGAAGGAUUGACACAUUUUGCUGCUGCUUGGAGGAGAGAAACAAGGGUUCAGUGAUCCGAGUAUUUUCAACAAGCAAUGGCACAGGGGGGACAGGGGCAAGCAAUGGAGGUGGAUCAUGAUGAUCUGUCAGCCAUCGUGGCGGCUUCUAAAACCCACGUAAACCUUGGGCAUGGCCAGUACAUGUGCCGGGGUACUUCCAUUGACUUGUAUAAGUUCCACAACUCCAGUAACGAAGGAAUGAGACGUGGGCACAUCUUUCAUGGAAGCAAUAGGGAAGAUCUUUCCUUCAUGGUGGGAGUCAAGGAAGAUAUCGGGGCUCGAGUUAACACCAAUAGAAGGGAAGCUAUGUUUUUAGUCAAAGCACAGAAUCAGUUGGCGAGUGUAGAGGAUAUGAUGGUGAGAAGUUCAACGCUGAAUCAUAUUGGAAUUCUAAAACCCUUUCUUGGAGGCGUCAAUACCCAGAUAUCUCAAGUCGUCUGCGGAUUUAGUUCAACUACUAAAACUCUGGAUGAUUGGUUAAAGACCAAACAAGUACCAGACAAAAAGACAUCUAUCCCUGUUGAAGUGCAGCAGUUGAUCGGCACUGCCUACAUGGCCAUUGAGAAGAUUUGGAGUGCAGGGUCUACGUCGGAUGAAUUGGCCGAUUCUGCCAGCUAUCAUAUGAUUGACAAUAGAAUAAAAAUCAACCCAUUGGUCACUCGUACGAGGCAGGCGGGAGAAGACGACAAGAUCCCACUUCGGAUUGAUUUUGGCAAUAUGAUAAGGAACACGAUUUAUAACAAAUGGGAGGAUAAUGAGUUGCUGGAUUUUAUUGAUCUUCUCGGGUAUCAAGCAGCAGAAGUUGAAGAUGUGUUGGGUCACCCUGUCCUCCUUUCGCCUCAUAGGCGGCAGCUCAUGUACCACAGAUUCGAUACAGAGGAACUUAACGAUGAUCAACGAAAUUGGCUGCUAGCAAAUGCUGACCCUGGAGCUAAUUGGAAACUAGUUGCUUCACGGUCUGACCCAACAUUAGAGAAGAUACUUGCCUAUCAAGCACGAAUAUUUAUGGGGGAUGAUGCUCAGCAGUUUGCUACAAUGGCCAUGGCUGGCGAGCUGCAUCCAUGGCCGACGACGUGCAACACUGUUUUUGCUGCAACUGGCUAUGAGGAAACUUAG